AUGGAUGAUAUCAAAAGAUUUGUCGAAAAUUCAACGAUUACAUUACCUGCAAAUUGGUCAACAAUAUGGCAUGAACAUAUUCAUGCGAAUUAUCUUGCAGUGAGCGUUGUACCCGAGACAAAUAUCGUCGAAAAUAACACACAAACACCAACACUUACUCUAGUCAAUGUUCUUUCAAAUAUCGGAGGUCAAACUGGUCUAUGGAUUGGUAUUAGUUUUCUUUCAAUAAUGGAAGUGAUUGAAAUGCUCUAUCGAUUAAUUCGAUAUGAAUACAAUGUGCAAUACAAAGAAGACAACAUAUAG